AUAAAAGUUAUUUUUUGUAUUUAAGGUGUUCCAAGCCGACCACCCAUGAUGUCCUAUAUGGGCUGGGAGAGCCCAGGUGGGACGACUCACUUUACCCCGCCCAACUUCCAGUACGACACCUCGUGCUACCCCAUGGUGAUAACGCCCCCGAACGGGACGGUUGAGGCGGGUCACCCCCCGCCACACUGCUUACAACCGCCGGACAAUGGGCGGGGUCAGCAGACAGUGCAUUUUCAUGUAAAGCAGGGUGAAGCGGUCAGCUUGCAACUCGGCGGACAGGUGCAAACUAUACAAGGACCUGCUACGGUACGUUGGGUGAGUAUGCAUCAUGAACCUCCUCUCUCCCUUCCUGUUCAAGCUCCUCCAGGACAUUAUGUACAACAGUCUCGGGAGCAGAGACCUUUGAAACCCCAGAACCACAAACGCAAAUACCGCGAGCAGAGCGGGAAACCUAAACCCAGCGGAGCAUCUUCACCCUCCCUCUCCGUACAAUCAACUCCGCCCCAGAGCCCAGUCAAACCCCGGGGAAACACUUACUCCGCCCGGCCUCGCCGUGGUGGAUCCGCCACCAUCGACGAUUCCGAGGAGAGUGGAAUCGGUAUAGAGCACGACGAGGACCAGGAGGAGAACGGGUUGUAUCUUGAGAUACUCUCUAGUAUCAGAACACCAAAGGUUCCGGAGAUUAACGACACAUACGCACUGUUAGCGUGGACCCCACCUGUGUCUGAACCCGGGGAUGUUCGGUUCGAACACCUGAAACCGAUUCUAAACACAGAUCUGGAAUACGAAGUAUUGAUCAGUGACAAAGGUAAAGACGGCAAGUAUCGAUCUAUCUACAACGGUGCUAGCCUAGAUUGCUACCUAGCUGACCUGCGUCCCAACACAGAGUAUCAUGUCAGGGUGCAUGCGACACUGAAAUCAAGAAAUUUAAAAGGUGGCGCGAGCGACACGGUUUCAUUUCAUACAAAAUGUUGUGAGCCUGAUCAACCUCAGCCUCCUAAACUAACACAACGCAGUAAGACUAGUCUCCAUCUACGGUGGAAUGCUCCGGCGGAUAACGGAAAGCAUAUCCUGCACUACAAACUUGAAUACAACGAGGGGAGCAGCCAGGCCGGUCAUUUUGUCUCGUGCUUCGAAGGUCGAGCCAAACAGUGUAACUUGUCGAAACUUCAACCAUCUUCAAUCUACAAAUUUCGAUUGGCCGCCGUAAAUGAGCUUGGUUCCUCCCGGUACAGCGAAAUUGUGUCAUUUGCAACUCAGGGAAGUCCCCCAAGUCAACCUCUCCCUCCCAGUGCGGCCGAGAUCACUGAAUCGUCAAUUCGUCUACUCUGGUCGAAACGUCCUUGUGAUGACGAGUUUACGCUACAGAUGGAAGACGCUAAGACCGGGCACGGGUUUCUGUCUCAGUACAAUGGGACUGAUGUUGAAUAUACAGUCAUAAAUCUCAGGAAGAAUACUACCUACAGAUUCAAACUGCGUGCGCACAACGAAAUGGGUGCUAGCGCUUAUUCUUCCGAUGUAAGUUACACAACUACCCCUGGCCGACCAGGCCCACCUCCUAAACCUACACCCAAGGGGAAAAUCAGACCUACCAGCUUCAGGGUGUGUUGGAACAUCCCAGCGGACAACGGUGGGUCCAGUAUAGUUGGUUAUGAGCUGGAGUUAGAUGGAGGGAGUGGAUGGCAGUCUGUAUAUCGAGGAGAGGAUUUGGAAUAUCUCUGUGAUCAGUUAACUCCAGGAACUACUUACAGAGUGAGAGUGGCGGCUAAGUCUACUGGUGGAACUAGCGACUACAGCGAGUCCUGCUUUAUUGUGACGGAGCCUGUAGCUCCUGGGGCACCUAGUCCUCCAACACUUAUCGAUAAACCAAAAGCAAUGUCGCUUCAUCUGACGUGGACUGCACCAACAGAAGAUGGCGGAGCUACAAUUACAGAAUAUGAAAUUGACAUGACCUCCCCGGACAACACUACAAGGGGUGUGUACAGAGGGCGUGAUACUGAUUGUGUUGUUGCAGGCUUGCUUCCAGGCCGACCAUACCUGUUCCAGGUUAAGGCUUACAAUAGGGCCGGGGAGGGACCUUGGUCUUCUCCCUUAGAGGUCAUAUCAGGGGCAGGACCUCCAGACAAGCCUCGCGAGCCAAAGGCUGUAUGCAAAUCUGGAAGCUCUGCACAGGUUACUUGGGAUCAACCCAUCAACAACGGUGCCAUUAUUACUGGUUAUAGGUUGGAACUGGCGAGCUUGUCCACCCAUAGUCUACAGGUUGAGAGUGAUACAGAGGACGAGGUUGAAGAUGAACCAGAGGAAGAGCCCCAAGAGGAGCUGGACCAUUCAGACUAUGAGGAUGAAAGUGAAGCAGAAGAUGAAGAGGAGAAGGUUGUCAAGGUUGAAGAGGUAAUCUGUGAUAAAGAGUGUGAAGUUGAGGAAGAGGAGGAUGUUGAGGUUGACCCCAAAGAUCUAGUUUGGAGACAGGCAUACCAGGGUCCUGACCGAGGUACCGAUCUCCGGGAUCUAACUCCAGCAUCUCUCUAUUAUCUCCGAGUCUGUGCUGUUAACUCUGCAGGUCUAUCUCCUUUCUCUAGUACCGUCUCUAUGGAGACACCAAGCACACAUCCUUCAGCUCCCUUUAAUCUCACCUUUAUUUCCUCUACCUCUUCCUCCCUGGUCUUUAAAUGGAAGAAACCGGCUGAGAACGGUGAGAAAAUCCUUCACUACAAUGUAGAAUGGUCUGGACAGGAUAAGGAAGUAAGAUCAGAGCAGGUUAAUCGGAGAAAAUUAAACCUGGAGAACCUUAAACCUGACAACAAUUACACCAUAAAGGUUCAGGCAGUCAACACUCGUGGCAAGGGACCUUUUUCUCAGCCUCUGCGUUUAAGUACCAAACCUUUACCUCCAGCUCCACCCAAGCUUGAAUGCUUGAGUAUCCUCCACAACUCUCUCAAACUUAAAUGGGCUGAUGGGAAAUCUGGACUUGGAGUAAACUAUAUACUGGAGACUGAAAACUCUAAGAAAGUGUGGUAUCCUCUGUACAACGGUUCUGCACAUUCCUUUAAGCACAGCAAGCUUACCGAGAACUUUGAGUACAGGUACAGGAUUUGUGCCGCUACUGAAGCCGGGCAAGGCCCCUUCUCUUUGGCAGUCAGCUUUAAAACUUGUUAUGCUCCUCCUCCCCCAGUUAAAAUUGCACCCCGAGUCUCAAGCAUUACUGAGAAUGGUUGUCUCAUCCAGUGGACUGUUCAACGUGGCUCCAGUACAGGAGAACAGCUUGAGUACAAAGUGCUUUUAAACAAAGCUCGGGAUGAGUCUGCUCUCGUGUUCUCCGAGACCCUGUCCGACACUCAGCUGCGCCUCCACACACUUGACCCAAAGACAGAAUACACAGUUCGGGUGUGCUCUGUAAGAAAUCCCAGCAACCAUAGUCCUCUAACAGGAGUACCUUCUCCUUCAACUAAUUUCACAACUUUACCAAAAACUGGGAGUACGGUGAUCCCUGCUUCAGUGGUUGCUGAAGCGCCGCUGAGCACACGAGAUUCCAACUGGUCUGAUCAUAAGUGGGCAGUUGUGAUUUUGUCUGGAUUUGCGUUUUUCGCUGUCUUCAUUGCGAUGUUAAUUCAGCAGUUGAUAUCUCUUGGAACCGUUAGUUCCUAGUAAAUUAAAGGUUUGGUUAGGCGGAUUUGUUGUGAACCAUGUUAGCAGAUUUAAAUAAUUUAUUUUUCUAUGGGUUUUAGUCAAACACUGGAAGUUCCUUUAACGAAUUGGUUACCUUUUUCACCUUGAUUCGCCUACAAUAUAUAACUAUGUAAACUUAUAUUUUUAUCAGCGAUUUUUCCCGCACAAAUUGUUGUGCGCAUGUGUGCGGCAUAUUUGCGCAACUUCUUAAUGUGAAUCUUGACAUGGCUUGACCGAAAGCCAACAGCUUAUUGGCAACAUAUUUACCAUAUGGCCCAAUUUAUAUCAGUGUGCUACCCAAUGUGCAAUUUAAUUUUUGCAAUAUAUAUAUAAAAACCCUUCGGA